AUGGCCGCGCCGAGCCCGGGGCCCCGCGAGGUCCUGGCCCCCUCCCCAGAGGCUGGAUGCAGACCAGCCACCUCGACCUCUGGCCGCCGUGGCCUCCUCUGGCGUCUACGAGACAAGCAGGCUCGUCUUGGCCUGUUUGAGAUCGGCCCGGGGCAUGAGCUGCACCAGCUGACAUGUAUGAUGCAGGCAGGGCUGUGGGCUGCCACUCAGGUCUCCAUGGACCACCCACCCACAGGACCACCCACCGAGGAGGAUUUCUCCGAGGUCCUGACCCAGGUUCAUGAGGGCUUCGAGCUGGGCACCCUGGCCGGCCCGGCCUUCGCCUGGCUACGCCACUCCCUAGGCCUGGCUGAGGGAGACUAUCAGGCGGCAUUAGGCCCAGGUGGCCCCUACCUGCAGUUCCUCAGCACCUCCAAGAGCAAGGCCAGCUUCUUCCUGUCCCACGAUCAACGCUUCUUCCUGAAGACCCAGCGCCGCCGGGAGGUGCGGGCGCUGCUCGCCCACCUGCCCCGCUACGUGCAGCACCUGCAGCGGCAUCCGCACUCGCUGCUUGCGCGGUUGCUGGGAGUGCACAGUCUGCGGGUGGCUCGGGGAAAGAAGAAAUUCUUCAUCAUCAUGCAGAGCGUCUUCUAUCCCGCCGGCCGCAUCUCUGAGAGGUAUGAUAUAAAGGGCUGUGAGGUGAGCCGAUGGGUGGAGCCAGCCCCUGAGGGUAGCCCUCUUGUCCUCGUGCUGAAGGACCUCAACUUUCAAGGCAAGACCAUCGACCUGGGGCCCCAGCGGAGCUGGCUCCUCCACCAGAUGGAACUGGACACCGCCUUCCUCCGGGAGCUCAACGUGCUGGAUUACAGCCUUCUGAUGGCCUUCCAGCACCUCCACGAGGAUGAGAGGGGCCCGGGCAGCAGCCUCAUCUUCCGCACAGCCAGGUCUGUGCGAGGGGUACAGAGCCCGGAGGAGCCGGAAUCCCAGAACCGCCGGCUGCUGCCCGACUCCCCCAACGCCUUACACAUCCUGGACGGGCCGGAGCAACGCUAUUUCCUGGGUCUCGUGGAUCUCUCUACGGUCUACGGGCUCCGCAAGCGGCUGGAGCAUUUAUGGAAGACGCUGCGCUACCCAGGUCGGACCUUCUCCACCGUCAGCCCCGCUCGCUACGCCCGUCGCCUCUGCCAGUGGGUGGAGGCUCAUACCGAGUGA